CUAAUUAAACCAAGCAUUCAAAUAAAAUAAAAUAAAAAAGAAAAAGCAAAAGAAGAGAGAGAAAUAUUAUAGCAUUAGGCGUUGAGAGAGAAUAGGGAAAGGAGGGGGUGCGAAUGGAAGGGAAGGGGAAUGGAAAAGGAGAAGAGAGGUGAUAAUAUAAGGAAGCAAAAAGAAAAGAAAGGAAAAACUGGAAAUAAUAAGAAAAGGGUAAAGAGGAGUUUUGUUGGGAGUGUAGAGUCGAUGGAAAUGCGUGCUGAUUCCGGUAGAAAGGGAACCUUCUCUGUACUCCUUCUUUUCCUCCUCUUGAUCCUCAUUUUGCCUCGUAUCUAAUUUUCUUCUUUUUCUUUCAUUACUUUAAUUAUUUUCCCAACUCCUCUUCAAAUCACUCAGUUUCUUUUUUUUUUUUUUUUCUCUUUCUUCCUUAUUUUACUUGACAUUUCUUCUGUUUUCCGCAUCUUCUUCUCCUUUUUCUAGUGUUCCUAUUUUUGUCUCUGGAUUUGGUUGAAAAACUGAAACCCCACUAUAAGUCACAGUAAUUCGGAUGCUUGUAUCGAUCUGCGGACUCAUUCCUGAUAUAUCCAGGAUUGGUUAAGCUCUGAAUUUUCCGGGAUAUUUCUGGGUUUUCCUUUUUUCAUUUUUGUGGGUCGGGUUUCCGUUGAAUUUUUUUUUUUGAUUGUAGGGUUUAUGUUGUUGUUGUGGAAUUCUUGAUUGGGAAAUAUGUUGGCUGAUGAUUAUUAUUAUUAUCGAUAUUGUUGUUGUGACUUUUGAUGUGUAAAUAUUGUUAUUAUGAGAUUUGUGAUUUAGUAAAAAAUUUAGUUUGUGCGGAGGUUUUGAUUUAGUUUCCUCCUUGGAAAUAUUUUGUGAUUUCCCGGAGGAUUUUUGUUUCAUUUUCCUUUUAUUAACACCUUUGAGAAAAAAUAAAGUCAAAAUCAAUCAAUUGUAAGCUUAUAAAAACACAUACCCUAAAAAUCAAUCGAAACCCGCUAUUUUUAUUGUGGGUUUCUAUUAUAUUUUCAAUAUUUCCUUAUCAAACUAAAGUUUUUUUUUUCUUAAAUACUGAUUUAGAAGAGGAAGAUCAAGGAGAAAAGAGGGGUGAUAGGAAUUCUAUUUUGGGGGUUGUUUGGGAUUCUUAUGGGCAUACCCGAUAGCUCACUAUUAGAUCUAAUAGAAAAAGUUAGGUCUUGGAUUUCUUGGGGAGCAAGUGAUAUUUCAUGUUUCCCUGGUGAAGAAUUUGGGAUGCUCGAAAACGGUGUUUGCAAAAAAAUGUGUUGUGAAUGUGAUACGAAGUUUGUUGAUGAAUUCUCUCAUAGAUACCGUUGCCAAAGUUGUGGUAGUUGGUUAUGUUCAGAAUGUGUUGAAAGAUAUGAAUCCCCUGUUGUUGUUGUUGUUGUUGCUGCUGCUGAACAAUCAGCUAAUGUCAAGGGUAAUGAUUUUUCGAGGAUGAUGAGUGUUAAAUCUUGCAAGUUUUGUUGUGAUGGGGUUAAAGCGAGGCGUGAAAGUGGAGGAAGGAAGUAUUGUGAGAAAGUGCAUCCUUCUGAAUCUCCCCGGGAGAGCCCUGAACCACCAUCCCCAUGUUCUGUGAAUAGUGAAUCAAUCAAGAGUGAUCAUCUUGGCCGGUAUCUUGAAGCCCGAGAUUGCAGGUGUUCUCUGCAGGCAGUAACUGGCGAGAGUAUGACUUCAUUUAGUGCUCAUCCUUCUUCAGCAUCUACUCGAAGAUCUCCCAGCAGGAGUGAUGAAGAAGAUGCUGCUGAUUCUGGUAAGCACUUUUUGAGUCUCUCGGCUGAAUAUUGUCAUGAUGUUUCGGAUUUAGAUUUAAGUAGUAUUAGUGCUAGACAUGAGUUUUAUAGCUUUAAGUCCGUGGGAUCAAGUCCUUCAGUCAGCCCCUCUAGGAACAAUUUUACUCCUUAUAGAGUUGGGCAUUCUGUACAGCGGAGGCAAGAAGGGAGCCCAAUGGCUCAGUAUGUUGGCCCCUUUGAUCGAGAAAACAUGGCUGUUUUAAGAAAGCCAGAGACAGGGAGUGAGGAACCAGAAAAUACUGAAGAUUACUCCGAUGACAUGUCUGUUUUUCAUAAUCAUUAUGCAAAGUCCCAAAAGCCAUUGGAUUUUGAAAACAAUGGUCUGAUAUGGUAUCCUCCACCACCUGAGGAUGAAAACGAUGAGGCAGAGAGUAACUUCUUUACAUAUGAUGAUGAAGAUUAUGAUAUUGGGGAUUCUGGUGCAAUGUUCUCAACAAGUAGUAGCCUUUCAAGUAUGUUCCCAGCAAGGGAGAAACAAAAUGAGGGAAACAAAGAACCUCUCAGAGCCGUAAUACAAGGGCAUUUCAGGGCUCUUGUGUCACAACUAUUACAAGGUGAGGGCAUUAAAGUUGGUAAAGAGGAUAAUGCUGGGGACUGGCUUGACAUUGUCACAGCAAUAGCAUGGCAAGCUGCGAAUUUUGUGAAACCAGAUACUAGCAGAGGAGGCAGUAUGGAUCCUGGUGAUUAUGUGAAGGUUAAGUGUAUGGCGUCUGGAACUCCCAGUGAGAGCACCCUUGUCAAGGGAGUGGUCUGUACCAAAAAUAUAAAACACAAGCGCAUGACCUCACAAUACAAAAAUCCUAGAUUACUUAUUUUAGGAGGGGCCUUAGAAUUUCUAAAAGUUCCAAAUCAGCUGGCAUCUUUUAACACAUUACUUCAACAGGAAAAUGAUCAUCUCAAGAUGAUGAUUGCAAAGAUUGAGGCUCUUCGCCCCAAUGUACUGCUGGUAGAGAAGAGUGUGUCUUCAUAUGCACAAGAGUAUCUACUUGCUAAGGAAAUUUCAUUAGUGCUCAAUGUGAAAAGGCCAUUAUUGGAGCGUAUAGCAAGGUGCACUGGUGCUUUUAUUUGUCCUUCAAUUGAUAAUUUAUCUACUACGCGAUUGGGGCACUGCGAAUUGUUCCGGUUAGAGAAAGUAACUGAAGAACACAAGAUGGCCAAUCAGUUUAACAAGAAACCGUCAAAAACACUGAUGUUCUUUGAAGGUUGUCCGAGGCGUUUAGGUUGCACGGUCCUGCUGAGGGGCAGAUCUCAUGAAGAACUAAAGAAGGUUAAACAUGUUGUCCAAUAUGCUGUUUUUGCAGCCUAUCACUUAUCACUUGAGACUUCCUUUCUUGCUGAUGAAGGUGCUACUCUGCCUAAGAUGAAAGGAAAACGUUCGAUUGCUGUACCUGAGAAAACGCAGACUGACAAUGCCAUUUCAGUUGUACCUAGUUCCUCUUCUCCAUCCAGUUUCAACUUGAUAGUCAAUGCUUCUGCUCAGGAUGAUGCAUCUCUGAGUCACAAUCCAGGGCAUGGAGGAUUGGAAUCAUUAUCUGAGUCCUAUGAUCAAAGUCAUUUUUUUCAUUCAUCUGGUGGUUCCUUUCUUGAUGCAUGCAAUGAUGACUUGGCACAUAAUGACUGCUUGGACAUGUGUUCUUUGGAACAAUUCAAGGAUUUGAAGAUGUCCACGAUGUUGCCUUGUGAUAUUAGAGAUUUUCCUCGAUCAGAUUUGCAAGAAACCAUGACAGAAGAGGAGAGGCAUCUUGGUGAGAUUCACAAAAUGGCAAAAUUUGAAAAGAUUGAUGAGGAUGAAGCUUCCAGUGAAUACUUUUCAGCCACCGACACGCACCAGAGUAUAUUGGUUUCAUUUUCAAGCCGGUGUGUGCUGAAAGGAACUGUAUGUGAACGGUCACGGCUCCUGCGAAUAAAGUUUUAUGGUUCUUUUGAUAAACCACUUGGAAGAUAUCUUCGUGAUGACCUGUUUGAUCAGGCAUCUUGCUGCCGUUCGUGUAAUGAGCCAGCUGAAGCCCAUGUUUUAUGUUAUACCCACCAGCAGGGGAAUCUGACAAUCAACGUAAGACGCCUUUCCUCUCUUAAGCUGCUGAUGACGGAUGAAUUGGAUGUGCACCGAUGCCUACGGUGCUAUAUAGUGUCGGUUUCCGAACUUCUUAACCCGAGUAUUAUGUCUGCUGCCUGGGGACUAUCUUUUGGAAAGUUUUGGAGCUUGUUUUUCAAUCAUGCGACUGCUAUCGGUUGCACCUGUGGUCAUUCAUUGCAGAGGGACUGCCUUCGUUUCUAUGGAUUUGGCAACAUGGUUGCAUUCUUCCCUAUUCCCCAAUUGAGUAUACUAUCAGUCCAUUUGCCCCCAUCGAUGCUUGAAUUUAGUGGGGAUGUCCAGCGAGUGGUUAGAAAAGAGGCAGCGAGGUUUGUUGUCUAUUUUCCCUCUUCUAAUGGUCAAAACUUGUAUGCGGAGUCUGAUGUACUUGACAGCAUUCAGAAGAGUAAUUCUGCUAGCUGUCAAUCAUCAAAUGCAAGUGAGUUACCGAAUCACAUUAUGGAACUGAGAGAUCAGAUUCGAAAGAAAGAAAGGAUUACAAUCUUUCUGUUUAUAGGUUUGCUACAACCAGUUGUUAUGGAGGCUUCACAACUUGGUCUGCAGCAUGUGGACAUCCUAGAACUGAAUCGCUUAAGGCGUUCACUUCUAAUUGGUUCACAUAUUUGGGAUCGGCAACUUCAUUCAUUGGACUCUCUUCUUAGGAAGUUCUGCUGUUAAAGCUUCGUGGAUCAUAUUAAGGAUGGAAAACCUGAAGCUCAUGGAAAUGCCUGCAGAUCCUCAGAUUCGCGCGAGCCUCCUAAGAUACUUAGGUUGGAACAGAACUCAAGUUUAACAACCUUGGAAUCUGUUGUACCAGAAGAAUCUAACUUGGCAUUAUGCCCCCAGAGGAGGUGUGCAUCCAGAUAAAGAUCCCAUCUCUUGUCUGCUCUAUCUAAAGAAUAUCUCUCUUGAUCGUACCGACUACUCACAUUGGUUCAACUCUCUGAAGCAUCUCAGGGAGAUGGCCCCCAAGCUGGUCUACCAGGCCAACGACUAAAUCAUAAUCUGACUUUGAGAAAAUAGAUCUCCAAUGUGCUUCAUUCGUUUGAUUCUGCUUAGUUAUUCCAAAAAAAAAUUCAGAAGGACUGUCCCUUCUUCUCUUGCAUUUUCUCUUAAUCUUUCCAUGCUUCUGGAGAUUACAGGAAGGUGCGGGAUCCUGUUUCUGUAAGGACUUACUCCCACACAUUGCCUCUAGAGGCUCAAAAGUUGAAUUUGUUACUCAGUUCCACACCCUUAAUCACCUCUGCAUCUCAUAUGGCUGAAGGGCUCGGCUACUCUUUCCACAGAGGGCACAGUGAUAUUGUUAUUGCUGUUUACGACAAUGAUCCUGCAAAUAUAUCAUAUGCUCUUAGUUCUAAAGAAUAUGAGGAGUGGUUUGCUGAUAAUCCUAUGAAUGGGGGAGGUGGAGUGUCAUGACAGGAGCAAAGAAAUUCUGUAGCUUCCAACUUUUCACCCUGGCAGUCAUUUGGCUUUGAUCUGGAUUAUAUCCAUUACGGAAGUUUUGGCUCUGAAGAAGCAUCAUCAUCUGUGGGUGCCAUGUUUGCAGCAAAAAGGUCUCCACAUUUAAGUUCUUUUGGAGAUGAUUCUUCUGCUGCUGUGGCAAAGUGAAGUUUUUCUGUGACUUGUUAUUUUGAACAGUUUGAUUCUCUUAGAAGAGUUGUUGCCCGUGAAUUGGAUUUUUUGUGUUCCUUGAGCCGCUGCCAGAAAUGGAGUGCACAGGGAAAGAGCAAUGUUUUUGCCAAAUCAUUAGAUGAGAGAUUCAUUAUUAAACAAGUGGCAAGACAGAGUUAGAAUCCUUUUGAAUUUGCACCGGAAUACUUCAAGUAUUUGACAGAUUCCCUUAGCUCAGGAGCCCUUGCUUGCUAAAUUUUGGUUUUUCAGGUUUUCCUAUGUACUUCUUUGAAAGCAUUGUCUCUGUAACACCUAAAGUGUGCGAAACAAAAUGGAUAUUAUGUGAUGAGAGACCUAUUUUUCAGAGAUAUCUCAGUAUAUGAUCUUAAGGGCUGCAGGUCACGGUACAAUCCAGAUACAAACAAACAAAGUCUGCUAGUAUUGAACCUGUUAGAGCAUGCGCACGGGGAGCCAUUUUUCUGGGAAGCAAGCAAGAGAAGCCUUGAGAGAGCCAUUUGGAAUGAUACAUCGUUUUUGGCAGUAAUCGUUGCUGUCAUGGACUAUUCAUUGUGUUUGAGUGGAUGAGGAGCGCAAAGAGCUGGUUUUGGAAUUAUUAUUUCGAUGAGACAAUAUACUUGGGACAAGCUUGAGACAUGGGUUAAGGCGUCUGGGAUACUGGGUGGGCCAAAGAUGGUCCCCACAAUUAUUUCUCCUAAACAGUACAAGAAAGGUUCCGGAAGGCUAUGACACCUAUUUCUCACUGUACCUGAUCAAUGGACUUCAUGAUCUGUAUUAUCAUUGAUUCAUUGGUUCAUUAAUAAGGCAUAAGAAAUUGUAAUUGUUGAUAAAUGAGAAGGGAGCUCCCUCUCUCCCAAGGUUUUGUUUCUCUUUUAUCCUCA